AUGGUGACCUCCUUUCCUGAGAGAGCCUUGCAGUGCCUCAGUUACACCCCGCCCCUGGCCCACUACCUGCUGUCCGGGCGGCACUCACGGGCCUGCAGGCAGCGGGCAUCCUGCACCGUGUGUGCCCUGCAGGCUCACGUGACCCGGGCCCUCCUGCGCCCCGGGGACGUCAUCGUGCCCAAGGGGAAGCUGCUCGCGGGCUUCCACGUGGACCAGCAGGAGGACGCCCACGAAUUCCUACUAUUCAUGCUGGACGCCCUACAGCAGGCCUGUGACGCAACCCUGAUCCACCGGGUCUUUGGAGGCCACUGGAGAUCUCGAAUCCAGUGUCUCUGCUGCCACGGCGUGUCAGACACCCUGGACCCUUACCUGGACAUCGGCCUGGACAUCCAGGCGGAGCAGAGCGUGACCCAGGCCCUGGACCUGCUGGUGAGGCCCGAGCGGCUGGACGGGGGCGACUGCUACAAGUGCAGCGCGUCCCUCCAGAAGGUGCUGGCCACCAAGACGCUGCACCUGCACACGGCCCCCCCCCCCCGGGUGCUCAUGCUGGUGCUGAAAUGCUUCUCGGCGCUGGCGGACAUCAAGGUGGAGCGGGACGUGCGCUACCCCGAGCGCCUGAACCUUCGGCCCUACCUGUCCCGGGGGGUUGGCGUGGGCCCACUGCUGUACCGGUUCUACGCCGUGCUGGUCCACGCGGGCUGCACCUGCCACAGGGGCCACUACUUCUGCUACGUCUGAGCCGUGGGCGGCCCGUGGUUCAAGAUGGACGACACACAGGUGACCACCUGCAACGCUUCUGUGGCCCUGAGCCAAUGUGCUUAUGUGCUCUUUUACGUCCAGACCAGUGAACUGGAAGGAGACAGCGGGGAAGCCCGCUGCCCUGGGAUGGAGCCAGAGGCUCACAUGACCCGGGCCCUCCUGUGGCCCGGGGACGUCAUUGUGCCUGAGGGGAAGCUGCUCAUGGGCUUCCACGCAGGCUGGCAGGAGGACGCUGACGAAUUCCACAUCUUCACGCUGGACGCCCUGCAACGGGCCUGUGUGCAGGAGAAGCGGCCGCAGCCGCCACUGCCACAGCUGCCGGUGCGGCCCUUCCAGGAGGACGCCACCCUGAUCCACCAGGUCUUUGGAGGCCACUGGAGAUCUAGGAUCCAGUGUCUCCACUGCCAUGGCGUGUCAGACACCCUGGACCUUUACCUGGACAUCCAGACAGCGCAGAGCGUGACCCAGGCCCUGAACCUGCUGGUACUGGCAGGCAGCAAGGUGGAGCGGGACGUGCGCUACCCCGAGCGCCUGGACCUGCGACCCUAA